AUGAAGAAACAAUAUCUGUUGUAUAUGGUUCAAAUCAAUACCAAUUUCCGUCUAGCUGAAUUGGAGUCGCUAGCAGAUCUUUUCAAUAUAGACGUUGAUUUCUCUCAAUAUAAUGCCGAUUCUCCAUUUUUCUUUGUGGAAUUGGAGAAUGAUGAUCAGGCUCGUCAAUGGAUCAAGAGAUCUGUCUUGACGAAAGCUAUAUAUGAGUACUGGGGGAAAGGUGAAACUAUCGAAGAACUGCAUGACACAAUACAACAUUUGGAAGGUUUCCAAGAAAGACAAGAACAGUUUAAACAAUCAAGUUUUAAAUUUGAGUUUGAAACUUAUCAAGGUGGUAAAAAGAAAGAUAUGGCUACAAAAGUGAAACAGAUGGAAACUUUUCAGUAUUUGAAUUUUCAAGGUAAAAUUGAUUUGAAGAACCCCGAUGAAAUAUUCACAGUAAUUGAAGAAUAUGAAUCCGUUGUAGGUAACAAGUCUGCCACUGUACCUUUAUCCUAUAUAUUUGGUCGUUAUGUUGGUAGUAGUGGCCGUAGUGCGAUGGAACGUUAUGAUUUGAAGAAGAGACCCUACAAAGGUACCACUAGUUUUGAAGCGGAAUUAUCCCUAGUGAGUGCAAACAUUGCUCAAGUGAAACCAGGAUCCUUAAUGUACGAUCCCUUUGCUGGUACAGGAUCCUUCUUAACAGCCGGUGGUCAUUUUGGUGCCCUGGUAAUGGGGUCUGAUAUUGAUGGAAGAAUGAUUCGUGGGAAAGGCGCCAACAUUGACAUCAGAAGCAAUUUUAAACAUUAUAAUGAAUUGGAUAAAUUCUUAGAUGUUAUGACUAUGGAUUUUACACAUAAUGCACUAAGGUCAAAUUUAGUCAUUGAUACAAUAUUAUGUGAUCCACCAUAUGGUAUUAGGGAAAGUAUCAAGAUAUUGGGUGCGAGAGAUCCCGAGAGAUUCGUUGGAAAGGAAAACAUAGUGAUAGAUGGUGAAAAGGCAUUCUUAAGAAAGGAUUACAUACCUACGAAGAAACCUUAUUCAUUGGAUUCAUUAUUAGAUGAUCUAUUGAGGUAUAGUGCUGAUAGAUUACCAAUCGGCGGGAGGUUAGCAUUCUGGAUGCCUACAGCGAAUGAUGAAAAUGUAGAGACAAUCAUUCCUUUACAUUCGAAUUUGGAAUUAAAGUACGAUUGUGUUCAGGAGUUUAAUAAGUGGUCCAGACGACUAUUAGUGUAUAUUAAUCGUGGGGAUACAUUUAAUGGUCCUACCAACGGUGGUGUUCAAAGAUCACCAUCUAAUUUUAGAGAAAGGUAUUUCAAUCAUUUCAAUAAAUAG